CGACAUUUCAUCGAUGUGAAGUUAUAAUUUUUCUUAAAAAAGUUUUAGUAAUUAACUUUAGGAAUUUUUUGUUUUUGGAAAUUCUCUUUUGCUAAUCAAUCAUGUCUCGAGAACAAUUAGAUAUGGCUGUUCCAAUAUCUUUGGAAGCAGCCAGUAGUUAUUACCGUGAAAACAUGGAAAGCAUUUUAAAAUCCGUUUCUGAUACUACAAUUAAUUCAAAUACUUAUGAAAGGAAUCAAGAAGUUGAAGAUUGUUACUCAAUUUCUUCAACAUCAACCGCAUCUGAUUCAGAUAUCGAAGAUCAAGUACAAAUAAGUAAAACCAUAUCUAAUAAAAAUAAUCAAAGUUUUAGUGCAGCUCAGGGAUUGGAAAUAGUUCAACAAAAAAGCACUGAUAACGAAGUAAAUCUCCAUAAUAAGCUUCAGAAUAUUAACUCAGUCGCCAUUAAAAACUCGAAUGAUGUACAUAUUGGAAAUAAAACAUUUUUUAAUGGACCCGUUACGAUAAAACACAUAGUUUUAAAUAGUGAAAAUAAUAAUGAUCAUAAUAGUAAUGUAAAAUCAUUUGGAGCUGUAAACCAAGGAUUUGAAGGAUCUCUCAACAAAUUAUCUAUAGAUGACGAUAAAAAUAAGAAUACAAAACGGAAAGAUAUUAUUAUACUAAAACCCGAUGAGGAACACACCAGUAAAUUGAUCACCACUUUCUUUACUAGAAAAAAAAUACUGACUGUGACAUCAGCUUUAUUAAUUUUAACAACUCUUGCAAUAGUACUUGUUCUCAUACUUAAUAAAGCUGAAGAUGAUAAGAACGAAACAAGUGUGCUGAAAAUAAUUUCAAAGAAUGAGUGGGGCGCUGUACCUAUAAAUGAUACACUUGAUGACUUGAUCCUUCCUCUCAGCAGAAUCAUAAUUUGUCACACAGUCACUAAAGAAUGUUUAACAAAGGACACAUGCUUAGAAAAUGUACAGUUUAUGCAAAAAUUGCAUCUUGGGCCAGAUUUUAAGUUUUCCGAUAUAGGAUACAAUUUUAUUAUUGGUGGAGAUGGAAAUGUUUAUGAAGGUCGAGGAUGGUAUAAACAAGGAGCUCACACUUCGGGCUAUAAUCGAGGAAGCAUCGGAAUCGCAUAUAUAGGAAAUUUUUCUAAUAAAUUACCAAAUAAAAAACAGUUGGCUGCUGGUCUUGCUUUAAUUGCUGAAGGCAUAAAAAAGAAGAUUUUUUCAAGCGAAUAUGAAGUAUUUGGAGCCUCACAGCUUAGAAACACUCAAAGUCCCGGAGAAGAAUUCUUAACAUUAAUUAAAACAUGGCCUCAUGCAUCUCAACUUUGAAACGAAAAGUGAAUGAAAUUUACACACAUUUAAAAAAGAGACCAGAUCAUAAUGUUCUCAUUAUAUAAUUCUUCAUUAAGUGCUUACUACUACUACUAGUAUACUAUUUUUAUUUACGAUGUUUGAAGUGUCAUUUCAUUAAGAGAA